GAUGUCAGACGGGGUGGCUGUGUCACUUUUCUGCCCAAAUACAUCGCGAUGUCAGCAUAAACUGUCGAAAUUAUUUACGUAAACAAUACUUUUAACUUAUAUAAUCAUAAAAAUAAAUAUUAAAAUGGAUUGAAAUGAAGUUGUCUCGUGUGAAUAAUCUGCUUGUGUUGCAAAAAGUGAUGUGUGAAAUGCAAAGUGUUAGGUGGUGUUAGUAAUCACUAAUAAGUGGUGUCAAGUAUGGUCGCGGGUGCAAUUAUAGUAGGAGACAAACGUGCAUGGAACCAGUUCAAGUCGGUGGUGCUUUUGCAUCUUUUGUUUACUUUUCACGUGAUAAAAGCCCAAAGUCGGGCCCCAAGGAUCAAAGAGCAUCCAGCUGACACAAUAGUCGGGAGAAGCGACCCUGCCACAUUGCGCUGCGUGGCUGAAGGCAAGCCCAAACCCACCAUCCAGUGGUACAAGGACGGCCUACCACUUGCGCCCAUCGACCAUCCCCACAGGGUCUUGCUAGAAGAUGGACUGUUAUUUCUGAGGGUUAUGCGAAGUAAGAAGGAGAGCGAUGAGGGCGUGUACUGGUGCGUUGCUCGUAACACGGUCGGGGAAGCGGUUAGCAAGAACGCCACCCUCACCAUUUCAGUUUUGCGGGAUGAUUUUAGAAGUGAACCUAGAGAUAUAAGAGUAGCUAGCGGUGAACCAGCAUUACUAGAAUGUUCAUCCCCGAGAGGAGUUCCCGACCCUUCAGUACAUUGGACAAAAGAUGGACACACUUUAGAUGUUGAAGUUAAUGGAAGGAUAACGAUAAUAGAUGGUGGUAAUUUGAAGAUUCUAGAAAGUAUUCCGUCAGACAGCGGCGUGUAUAGAUGUGUGGCGUCCAACGUGGCAGGGGAAAGACAAUCGCGUCCUGCCACGUUACUCGUGUUACGAAGACCGCAUUUUCUAGUGAAACCCAAUAACAUAACGGCGCUAAUAGGACAGAACAUCGAGUUUCAUUGCCAAGCAUCACCAGAGGCAGAUGUAUCUGUAACAUGGUCACGAGAUAAGGGGUCAUUAUCGCCGUACGCAAUAAUACGUCGAGGGUCGCUGAGGAUAGAUAGGGUUGUUGAGUCGGACGGAGGGACCUAUACGUGUAGAGCUGAAAGCCAGGCUGGAUAUAGCGUGGCUAGUGCAUCAUUGACUGUUCAUUCUUUGCCACAUUUCACAAGAGUCCCUUCUGACCAAACAGCAUGGGAAGGAGAAUCUGUUUCAUUUCAAUGCGAAGCCGAUGGUAUGCCAAAGCCUAUUGUAUUCUGGACUAUGGAAGGCUCUCAAGAACUUGUCUUCCCAAAUUCGGAUCAUGGAACGGGGUCUCUUUAUUUGGAUCGAGUGCUUACACAACACGCUGGUAGACUGACUUGUGUUGCUGUUAGUGCAGCAGGGAGUGCUCUACAUACGGCAACUUUGCAAGUCUUGAGAAGAGAAGCCAACUCUUUUACUGGGCAUUCUGAAACAUCGUCUCCGUCUCCUGAAUAUGGUGAUAAACCACAAAACCAUCCACCAAUGACACAAUAUGAGCUUGUUCAGGCACGUCGAUAUCUUCAACAAGAUGUGUUAGCUUUGAGACGUGUAGAAGGAAUAUCUUCAACCACAUUGAAAAUUGUUUGGGAUGUAUUAACAGAUUACAACGAAUAUUUAGAAGGUGUAAAAAUAUGGUUCAACGGCACCUCUUUAAACCGCCAACACGCUGUAGACUUCCAAAAUGUACACCAGACAAAUAACUCUCUAGAAAGUUUCAUCGAAUUAACAAAGUAUGAUAAUUUUACAAUGACGACAGUUCAUAACAGUGGUUCGUCGAGCCAUUUAUUAACAGGGUUGAUGCCGUACGCUAAAUAUAACAUAUUUUUGAUGCCAUUUUACAAAUUGCUGUUAGGCAAACCGUCCAACAUGAAGAGUGGUCUUACGGAAGAAGACAUUCCAACGGCACCUCCACAAAAUGUUUCGGCGGGGGUUAUUAACGCUACUUCAGCUUGGAUACGUUGGGAACCACCUCCUAUACAUACGUGGAAUGGUGAACUUGCCGGUUACUUGAUUGAGGUGCGCGUAGGUGGUAGCAGCAACGGUCGGGUGGUAGGUCAGAUGUCACUUGGCGCACGAACGCGUGCUGCAGCCGCCAGUUCCCUGCGCGCUGGUGGAAGGUACAGCGCACGCGCAGCCGCCGUCACGCGACGUGGCCAUGGACCCUUUAGCACGCCCACCCAAAUACACAUGCUGCCAACGCAGUCUCAGAGACAUUACGUGCAAACGGAACCUGCGACUGAUAAAGCAAUAUUGUCAAUGUUCCAAGAAACUUGGCUUCUAGUGCUAACUUUGUUUCUAUUAGCAAUUAUAGUGGUAGGGGGAGUUGUUAUUGUUUACUUACGGCGAAGGCAGACUAAACAGCGAAAGAGUCACAAUACAGCAAGUACUCCAAUAACUAAUACUCAAUGUUUGUUGGGUAAAGAAGCUGUAUGGCUUCGUGAAAGGCCCUUGUUUGAAGGGUCAAAUGAACCAAGAAUAGAAAUAUUGAAUUGCCACCAAAGCUUACUGCACAGUGGCCAUACUAUAGGUACUAUGGCUAUGGAGGCUGAGUAUAGUUUGCCACAACACACUAGUGCAGUCAAUAUGAUGUCUCAUGAAGACAAUAGAAGGCACCCUCCGGAACCUUAUGCAUCUAGCGCUAUUUAUACUGAAUUAAACUAUCAGUUGCAGGAUCAUACAGAUGCUGAAGAUUCUUGUAUAAAAUGUGCAGUUAGUCCAGAAUCAUAUGAUAAUAGUAUGGCAAGAUCAUUUGCUGAUAGCAAUCAAUACUCCAAUGAAGAAUGUUCUACUUGUUGUCGAAGUAGUAGUUCAACUUUAACAAAAGAUUACAGUGAAAUGACCAAAUGUGGGAAUGAAGGAGACGAUAUUCAAGAGUUGUCAUUAGAUGAAUGUCCGUCAUGUAAAACAACUCAAUCUCGAUCAUCUAGUCAUCAUGAUGGAAAUAAAGAGUGGACAGCGAUUGCUGAUGUAGAGUAUGACUAUCCCCAAUGGCAAUGGCUGGGUAGAGAAAAUAGUUUUAGGCAAAUGGCUCAAGACUCAAAACAUUCCAGUCAAGGGAGGCGAAGUGAACAAAAUUGUAGAAUGAAUUUAUGCGAUAUUCUUCCACCGCCGCCAUAUGAAAGAGAAUCACCGUACAGGGAAAUGCAUGCGUUCACCACAAAUUCUGGUACAUCAGGUUGUUCGGGUCACACAUACCGGAGUUAAUUUAGUACAUUUUAAAAUAUCAUUAGAAAGUAAUAAAAGCAAUACUAAGCUUAGGGACAAUGUACAUAAACAAUGUAAAAAGGUUGUCGAAAUUUUAGGUAAGGAAUUUGGAGGAUUGUUACACCGCUUUAAACUAUUGUUUUGCUAAAAUUUAACGAUUGAUAUAAUAAUUUUGAAAUCUGAUAGGUCCUACUGGAGAAAAAUGUUCAAUGUACUGGAGAAAAAUUUAUGACUGCUAAAACAUAAUUAUACAUUAAUACACUGAAAUAGUAAUUCAAACCUAAAAGCGGUGGGGAAGAUGGUACUCUUAAAGGUUGUAGCUUUGUGGAUGUGUUUACAUUAUAGACUGCCAUAUUAUUACGUAACUAAUGUAGUCAUUACAUAGUUUACCUUUCUCUAGUGACUGUGAUAUAGUAUAAUUUUGAUUGAUUUUAAUUUUGUACAUAAUUUGAAAUGUUUGAUAUCCUUAUACAAUUUUACCCUUAUUCUAUUUAUUGUGUGUAGUUUAACAAAUUACUGAAAAUGGACUUAACUGUUUAUUGUUAACAUUAAAAUGAUCACUGUAGAGUUUUGUACAACCCGGAUAUAAUAGAUCUUAAAAAGCUGUUUGUAUAUUUUGAUGACUCAGGAACCGGAUUAAAGUACUACAUUUCUA